CAGGAGCAGGUAAGAUGGAAAGUUUUCUUCCCUUUCUCUUCACUUCAGGAAUGGUGGUGCCCUUCAACAAAGCACUGAUGCUGUGAAGACCUGAAUGGUGCACACACAGUCACUGGGAUGGACUGCACCACUUGUCAAGACAGACAACAGUGUCAUUGCUACGGAUAAGAACAUCAGAACACAGGAACGGCCAUACUGGGUCAGACCAAAGGACAAGCCAGUCCAGUAUCCUGUCUACCAACAGCAGCCAAUGCCAGGUGGCCAGAGGGAAUGAACAGAACAGUGGUAGCCUCCAAGCGUCAUUCCUCUCCUCUGGACCUUCCCACUGCCGCAUGCCCAGAUGACUGGAUUGGCUACCGAGGGAAAUGCUAUCUCUUCUCAAAGGCAGACAGGACCUGGAACGAAGGCCAGAGCACCUGCUUGUCACUCAGUGCCUCCCUGGCUGUGAUUGACAUCCAGAAACACCUGAAUUUCCUGCGGCAACAUAAAGGCUCCCCUGCACACUGGAUCGGCCUCUGGAGGAGGGACCCGGCCCAGCCCUGGAGAUGGGCGGAUGGUACAGAAUUCAACAACCACCUGUUCAAAGUGGAAGGAGACGGACUAUAUGUAUAUCUCAACGACCGUCCCAGCAGCUCAUUGGGCCACACCACCAUGAAAUGGAUCUGCAGCCAGCCGGAUGAACUGGCAAAGAGGAAACAAAAUGGGGCCCUGCAAGCUUUACUGGAGUGAAGCAAAUCCCCUCUCUUCAGCUGCCGCUGCUGCUUCCUAUAGAACAGAUAUUGACUAGCUGCUUUAAAUGCCAUACUCUGGAGCUAGGAGAGCAACUCCAGAAGCAGGGCUCUAUCCCAGGAGUGGGGGGGGGGGGCGAGGUUCUGUGGCCUGCAAUGAGCAGGAGGUCAGACUGGAUGGUCAUAAUGGGCCCUUCUGGCCUAAAAGUCUGAGUUUAAUUAAACCCUUGCUCAGAGCCCACUGCCAAGUUCAGGGCCCACUGGGAGCUACACGUACACCACAAAGAGACAGUCCCUGCCUCAAACUGCUUCCAAGCUGGCUAAGGCCUGCUCCACGCAGAUUUCGUACAGGUCUAAUUAGGCUCACAAACGUUCGAUUUCUAUCAGUAAAUGUCGGUAAAAGUCAAUCCCACCGUAUAUACACACACACACACGGAUGGAAAAAAUAUUUCCAUCGAGCUUUGCGGAUAGGCUAAGUAAGACAAAUGCGGCUUGAGAACGUAUGCAGGCUGUUUAUUCUGUCAGCAUCCCAUACGUAAAAUUUACAAUUUGUGUUUAACAGUCAGAGAAAGAUUUAACUUCUUGAAUCUUAACGUCUACUGUCACUAAUGAUUGUCAGGCCCCCUCAUUGGCUGAGCCCUCCCCCGCCCCCCAACUUCCCAGAAAUAUGAACAUUUAAAUGGACACAAAUAGAAAAAAUGCUUAAAACUAAACUGAUGUUAUGCAUGGAAAUUACAACCAUUGAAUGCGGCCAAGCUUUGCUAGAGCUACUGGGUUAAGGAGUGAGACUUUUUUGAUCUAUGAGGUUAUACGGCUAUUGCAGCCAUCAUGCCCUUCACAGCUUGUGUAGGUUGGGCCCCAGCGACACCUUGCAUUCCUCCAGUCCCCACAAACAGAGGCAAAUUAAGUAUCAGGGGGUAGCUGUGUUAGUCUGUAUCUACAAAAACAACAAGGAGUCUGGUGGCACCUUAAAGACUAACAGAUUUAUUUGGGCAUAAGCUUU